AUGACAAGUCAAUUCGAGACGAAACAAGGGGGACGCCGUUGUUUGUCGUUUCUCGAAUCGAUAAGGGAAGAAGAUCCUAGCGGUCGAUACAUCAUAGGCCGUUCCCCAAUCCUAACCAUCACAACAUCGUGGGUCAUCCCGGGCAAGAUUGACGAGGAACAGGGCACUUUUGGUCUUGCGUGCACUGACUGCAUCAUGCCGAUCGAAGCCGACCGGACGGUUGGUCUUUGGAUCUGCACCGGGGAUCCGUGCAAGAACCUAUCAAAACUUGGGUCGGUUGAUUCCCAGCUAUACUCUCCCCGCUUCCUAGGCCAUUGGCUCACCGACUUGCACGGCGUUCUUGCAGAUUACUGCGAUUUACCAUUCUGGGCUACCUUACCACCUGGCUUCGGCCUCGUGAUGAAAACCGGGAAUGGGAAUUGCAUGACAUGCCUACAAGAUGGGUGCCCAACAACCGCCCAAUACCAAUCUGAGCGGCCGACGGGUCCCAACGAGGUGAUUAGUGUUGCACUACCGUUCCCUCCCGGCAAUGCGGUGGACAUCGGGUACAGUCUAUAUGUGUUUACAUUCUACAUCUUAUCCCCUGUGGACAGUCUUGAUAUGCGUCUCCUCGUGUCUGGAAUGGAGUCGACGUGGUUAUGUCGUGUCGCGCAGAAGGGCUAUAGGACAGAGCGUAAUGGCGAAGUCGUAGUUGGGUUUGAUAUUGCCUUUCAGGGGCAGGGCGGUCCAGGAGUGAGGUCCCGUAUCAUGCAGGAUAUGCGUUAUAUGUACAGGAAGCACGGAAACCAACGACAACAGGACGAUAUUGAACUACACUGGGUCAACCAUCCGGCACUGGCUGGGAACGAAGUCCUGGCGCGGUGA